UCCACCAUGUCCAUGACAGAUCUGUCAUCAUCUUUUUCUGACUCCACCUUGAAGCAGUUGUGUUCUCGCUCUGCUGUUGCUCUGGCAACUGCCUGUCAAGCAAUCAAAACAGAGCUCGAGAACCAGAGACCUACCAACCUGGCAGCCAGAGACCUACUAUCGUCUCUGGUAGAGACCAUUGAGGACAUGGAUAUCUCUGACAUCCUCCAGGGCCCGUCGGCCAUUUUGGAGGAGGCUGCUGUGAUAAAGCACCCAGAGAUGUCCACCUCGACAAUAUACAGAUCUCUGCUUCUCGACUCAUCUCUCGCCUCCUCUAAGAUGGUCACUGAGAGCAUUAUCUUCAACAACCCAUGUCCAUCAGAGGAGAAUGUGAGUAUUCAGAAGGAGCUCCCUGCUGAUAAAGUUAACAUCCUCCAUGGUCAACCAGUGGAGGAGUAUAUUGUCAAAGCUGAGCAAUGCAUCAUUCAGGUCAUUCAGGAUGCAGCUGUGACAUAUACUGCUGCGCUGGAUAGAACCGACUCUUGUGGGAAACUGUCGGAAAUCCUAUCUGUCCAUGUUUCCUCAGAGAAUAUUGAGGAGGCAUCCUCUGAUCUCUUUGGUGGAAUUAUUUCCGACCUGCAUGAGGUAUCUGAGGUCAAUAAGGCCUCCAUGCGUACGAAAUCAGGUCGCAAAAUGUUUUGGGUGGAAGUGAGUUCAGGUUCCCAGAUGAUUUAUACCAAAACCCUGGACAAACUAAGGAAGCUGUUCACCUCCCACCAUCUCACUGAGGGAAAAAAUACUCCUGUGCAAAUCGAGCUCUCUGCAACUGGACUACUUGUAACUGAGGCCACUGUGGAGGAAUCUCCUGUACAGAAGACAGACAGUAAGACCCCUUCUAAGUUCUCAGCCUCAGCCCACCAGCUCACCCUCGACACCUGCACUAAAGGGGUAAUCAAACAGGUGAUCUCGGUGCUGAGGGUGGACACUUCAAAGGAAGACUGCUCCGCUUCCGUUGGGGAGAGCACGUCAAAUUCAUCCUUCGACUUCAACCAGAAGUUGGACUCGAUAAUUUCGAAAUUGGAGGACCUCACCAUUUCGAGUGACGUGACGUCAGCCGAGAUUGCCACACUCACGCGAUCUCUUAGUGCAGCCAGCAGAACCUCUAACAUUUCCAUCCAGAGCUUUCACAGUGCUGAGUUCCGAGCUAAGGCCAAACACAUUGUGAGUGAGACCAUUCUCAGAGCUGCUAGCAAAGCCAGCCAUUCUUUGCUACAGAGCAUGCCUAGCACCACCUUCUCACACCAUGCGGUUUCUACAGCCGAAGAUAUAGUAAAUAUUAUCAUGCAAGACCUUGAAAGUGUAUCCCAGUACACUGUGGAUGACGCAGACUCCUUCCCACUAGGAGAGAAAAAGCUGGAGUCCCAGCUCAAACCCAGAGUUGUCUUUGACAACUUAUUGGAUGCUGCUCAAACCAUGUACCACAGAGUAAAGGAUAGACUGAACAUCUUUUUCUCUUUUCCACCAGUGUCAGUCACCACAGCCAAAUAUGUGCUGGACUCCACCCCUGUGGAGACACUCAGACGUUCUAAGUCCGCUGACACUGCUCUUGUUGAGGACAGGAGCCGCCCUCCGUCUGUGAGAAGUGAGAAGCCUUUGUCAAAAGUCUGUUUGGCUAAAAGGUCUAAAGCCCUUCUGUCUUCGAGUGGCUCUUCAACAGACCACCAUGUAAUUGACACAUGCAGUGAGGAUUUCACUCUGCCCACCAGGAGUAUGUCAGUUGUGAGCAACAACAGUUUGAAGAGAGCCUCUCCUCUCCACGGCAGUGGAUUGAGUGAAAGUUGCAAACCUCUUGUGGCUCUAAAAGACGUAACAGUGGCAGUCAGCCAAGAAGGCUUUAGCAAAACUGCAAAGAAGACGCUCAGCUUGAUCCUAAAUGUGAUCAAGUGUAGAGUGGCCAACUCUGAGAGUUCAUCUGUUGGGCAGAUUGCAAGUGAGGAGUGUCUGAUAGCCACUAACAUGUUAGACUCUGUACUGGAGAGCCUUGACCAGUUGCCUGACAUGAGCGCUGCCGAUGAGAUCACAAGGACAGAAUCCCAUACCUCUAUCGCAAUGGAUGAGACAGGUUCACGGUCAACGCUUGUGAGCCAACAAGAAAUAAACAUAUCUGACACCAAUAUCAUAGUGAAAACUAUAAUGGACACAAUGAAGACGGACGACCCAGAGAUGACUUCAGCAGAAGAAAAUCUGGAUAGGCUCCUGUCAGUUGAAGCCCUUCAAGGUGCGUCUGGCAACCUGAUUGCAAAGGUCCAUGGUCUCAUUCAGGAGAUAACCAUAAACCGCCAGCUUCAAUCCAUGGUUGGCCACAGAAGCCUCUCUCAACCAGCGCUGCCUAAACCAGCCCUGAGGAAGCUGUCAAAGGACGAUGCCUCAGAGCUCAUUUACAACUUUGCCCAGACUUCUGUUAGGAGACUCCUGGGGCAGUGUAUGGGAAGGCCUAUGCCACCAUCGGCUGAAAUGGUUUUGGAUCAGGUCAUCAAGUUGAUGACAGACGUGGUGAUGGACAGCCUGACUUAUGUGUCCAAGUCUACAAUGGAGGAUGUUAUUGUACACAGAUCGGUCACACUAGCGUGCUCUUCUCACUCAGACACCAGCAAUGCCACAAGUGACAUCACUCAUGGUGUUGUAGCUGACCUUAAUGCUACUGAGGAAUUCCCUGCCAGGAGCCUUAGCCCGGCUGAUGUAAAGGCUGACGGCAUGGCCCGUCUUCCCUCUGCCAGAGGGGAAGAGACUAAGAAGAACAGGAAGUGGCGUUUCCUACCGAAAAUGCAUAAGUUUCCAAAGAUCAUGAUUAAGCUGUUCAAGACAAAAGGGGAACCGAAGAGACACCCUGAACAGGAUGCGCUGCCUACCAAACGUCUCAGAGAGACUCAUAUUUCACAGGAUGCUGAGUGUGAGGUUCCAGAGGUUCCAUCCACUCCCCCUCCCAAGGAGGACCUGACAACCACACCGGCCCCUGCUCCCCAGGAGUCCCAGUCCCGUAAACGCCCACUCAUAGUCAGGGUGUUACACGCUCUCUCCAGAGCCAUCUCCAAACCAUUCAGAGGAGCUUCUGGGAAGAAGAAUUAGCCAAAUGCCUGAUUUUAUUAAUAUGAUAUUUUAAUCAGAGCCUUUAUUUAAUAAAACAAUACUGCAUUGAUUUCUGUCUAUAGUAGUCUUCAUGUAUGUGCAAGAUAACGGUAAAGUACUUCAAACCACAUAGUCAAAAGUAUUCAUAGUGAAGUACCGUUUAUGAUUAUUGAUUGUGGAAAUACACAUAAUACAGAAAAGUUGUUGUCACAUAUAAAGACAGACAUAAAGGAGAACUCCGUAGACCAGUCACAUUCUCAAGCCAUAACUAAAUCCAUGAAUGGAUCUCCUAUAAGAUGACAGGAGAACAUUUGUAACACUUUCUAUGAAGCCUAUAUCUAUAAUGCAUACACUCAAGUCAUUUACAUUUUACAUUUUAGUCAUUUAGCAGAAGCUCUU